GUUCAUGUUGGCGUAGUCAUUUGGAGGUUAUAUUUUUGUUUUUACCUGUCUCGAGUAGACCUGAUUGUACUAUUUUAUAAAAGAUAUUUAAGUGAAAAUGACGAACUCAGUAUAUUUAAAGACUUACUCAACAUAUGACGAUUAUAAAGAAUCACAGACCGUCAAAUUACCUUUGGAAUCAUUUAUAAUAUACUGUAUACAUAAACACUGCUCACCGGAGGAGGUAAUACUUCAUUUUGUAGCUGCAGAAAAUAGUCUGGAGAAAGAAGAAGCAGUAGUGUUGAAAGAUUGUAACCUCAACUUUAUAAAUAAAUCAGAUUUACCUUGGCAAAUUAUGUGUUUAUACCCAGUUGUCAUUUAUGAAGAUAUGAUUUUGGCGGGACUAUGUGCUGUGGCCAGGCAUGUGUGCAAAUUUAGAACAAGUACACCAAGCGUCCAGGAACAUGCGGAAGGCUUGCUCGGAUUUCGCAAAAGCUGUCUCCAAGCUCCCAAUGAAGCAUCAAUAUGGACUAAAUUCUGUGAAGUAGAUAUAAUAAAAACAGUAAAGGCCAUUCUAAAAAUAGAGAAACUUAGUGAAGUACCUAAGAAUUUGGUGAGGUUUGAGAAUCAUUUAAAGAAACCUGUCAGAGUUCAUAAUGUAUACAAAAUUGCCAGGGACAUCAAGAAAGAUUUAUUUUUAGAUAAGAAUGUAGAACCAGUUGAAUCUAACAAAACUGCAGAAUCUACAAAAACCAGAGUGCCUAAAGUUCGCAAAUGGAAAUCAAACACAAAGAAGGAGCUUCAAAUUGAUUGCUCAACUAAAAUUGAAGAUCUUAAUGUAUAUCACCAAUUUGCUGAAGGUCCAUUUUUGACCCUUGCUGACUUAGUUCUGCUCCCUUUGUACCAUAUCAUAGUGGAGUCUUUCGGCAACACAUUUGAAACAUUACUACCACUUACAUAUACAUGGUAUAAGAAUAUCAUUGAGCUAACAGAACUCAAACUCUUAGUAAACACUAUGAACAGUAUAAAAAUUCAUGAGAUAUCAUUUGAUAACAUCAUAGUACCGAGUACAGAUGAUGUGAGUCUUUAUAAAUGUGACCCAAAAAGGCACAAUCCAAAGAAAAGAUUAUUCACUAAAGAGGAUGAUAUAGAAAAUGCACUGAGUUCUGUUGAAGAAGAAAUGGCUAUAGAUAUAAGUAAUAAUGACUUUGAAUCCUCCAUUCAUUGGCCUGAUAUCCCUGAAGGUGCAAACCCUUUAGCUGGACACUUACCUGAUGAAAGGUGUGUCAGGAAAUCGCAGCAGCUGGAAAACUUGACUUUGGCCGUGUUAAGUAUUGCUAAAGAAGGAGACCUCAUUGUAGAUUUCUGCAGUGGAAGUGGACAUUUGGGCAUUCUCAUUGCUCACUUACUUCCUAAAUGCACUAUGAUAUUACUAGAGAAUAAAGAACAGUCUUUAUUAAGAGCUAAAAAUAGAGUAAAAGAUAUGGGCAUGAAGAAUGUUUACUUCUUUCAAUGUAACCUAGACUUCUUCAAUGGAAAAUUUGAUAUUGGCAUUGCAUUACAUGCUUGUGGCAUAGCUAGUGACUUGGUUUUGGACAAAUGUUUGAAGGCCAAUGCAAAAUUUGUCAUUUGUCCAUGUUGCUAUGGAUCGCUUCAUGCAACUGAUAGACUUGUCUACCCUAGAAGUAGCAAAUUUAAUUCAAUAACCAUUGAAAAAUAUUUGUGCAUUGGUCAUGCAGCCGACCAGACUCAUGAUGACCAUCCUUUGACAGUACGAGGAGAUAAAUGCAUGGCUGUUAUCGAUUCAGAUAGAGGUCGGUUGGCUGAAGAGUUUGGUUACAAAGUUACAUUGACAAGAUUGAAGCCGCUGUCUUGCACACCAAAAAAUAAUCUACUUAUAGGUGUACCAACAUAAACAACAAAUCAUUUAACAACUAUUUAUUAACAAUUUAAUUUAAUAAAAAUAUAAUUUUGUACUAUAA